AUGAAUGGAGUCCCAACCGUGUCAGCUGACGCUCGAAUUGAAGAACUUGGCAUCGACCUCACGUCACCGUCAAACCCAAUCGCCAACUACGUCCCUGCAGUCCGGGUAGGCAAUCUCCUAUUUCUUUCGGGGCACGGACCCCGGCGCGGUAGCUCGCCCGACAUGAUCACCGGCAAACUCGGAGCCGACCUUUCAGUAGAAGAGGGAUACGAAGCCGCAAAACUCGUCGGCAUCCAGCUCCUUGCCUCCAUUCAACGCGAAAUCGGCAGCCUCGACGGCGUCGAACGCUGCGUCAAGGCCCUCGGUAUGGUCAACGGUUCCCCGAUUUCGACCAGCAACCCGCCGUCAUCAACGGCUUCUCAGACCUCAUGGUCGCGGUCUUUGGCGAAGUCAACGGCAAGCACGCACGAUCCGCCGUCGGAAUGGGUAGCCUACCAAACAACAUCGCAGUCGAGAUCGAACUCAUAG